AUGCCAAGCCCCACAGAGCUCGAAGCUUGUGAAGCUGCGGAGACAGGUCUUCCGCUCUCGGAUGCAAGGACUUGGAUGCAUCUUCGCCCCAAAAACCUGUCCGCCUUGCGCCUGGGUGGUCUUACAGAUGAUUGGGAAGCUCGAAGCUGGAGCAAGGAAUAUAUGAUAAGAAGAUUUGGACAGCUGAAGUUCCGAUUGCGUCCCUGCGUUUCAUUGCAUCAAUAUGGAUAUGCUGGUCCUGCUGAUCGCCUCAUCACCCUGAAAGAAUACUUGACGUCCACGUUCGCCUCAAGGAGGUGUGUGCUCUUUGAGAAUGAUUUUGAUGCCGAAAGACUUGAACUCCUAGAUGGCUUUGCCAUACCACAGCUUCUUUCGGAGAUUCAUGGGUCCCCCAUUUUGAGCGUGGGUCGACGCAACACAGGGAUCGGAUUUCACCGGCACAGUGCCGCGUGGCUGGCGCAACUGCAGGGUCGAAAACUGUGGUUCCUCCUUCCAGGUGGCCGUCGGCCUCCAGAACGGGCUCCUUGGCAGUACCUGACGCAUCGGCCAAAGAGGAUGAUCUGCUGCGUUGCCCAUCCUGGUGAGAUCAUCCUGGUGCCAGCAGGAUGGUGGCAUGCGACUUGGAACUUGGAUGACUUUUCAUUGGCAGCUGGCUGGGAAGAAGGCAAUUCUGCCACCUGGGGGCCUGAGAUGCAUGCCAUCGUCAAUGGUACAGAUCUUCCACUUGGCUUCGAGGUGUCCGUGCCAGCUCUCUGUUUGGCUGCUCGAUCUGGUCGUGUUGAGACGUUGGAGCUUCUUCUGCAGCGGGGGGGCUCAGAACUGUUGCGAAAGGUGCAGACGUCGGCAGCUUCCACCGCUGUGGCAGCUGCACGGAGUGGCCAUCUGCGCAUACUUUCGCAUCUCUGGGAGAAAGGUAUCACUUCAGCUCUGUUCCAGGUGAGUCAGAGUGGAAGCACGGCGCUUCACGAAGCAGCACGCUGUGGUCGGGUGGACGUGAUCGACUGGCUGCUCGUCCGCCAGGCGGACGUGCAGCAAAGGGACUCCGGUUCCACGUCGGCCCUGCAGGUGGCGGCGGAAUUUGGACAUCCUGGAGUGAUCCGAAAGCUUUUGCAGCACAAGGCUGAUGCUGAAGGACGUGAAGAAACCAAGAACUCCACUGCAUUGAUGCUGGCAGCGCUCCAUGGCCAUGUGGAGUGUGUGCUAGAGCUUCUUCAAGCAGAUCCGUGCCUCGUGCACGGCACAGACCGGAAGGGCCGUAGUUCACUGCACCUUGCGGCCAUGAGAGGGCACCAGCAGGUGGUCUUGGAAUUGCUGAAAGCUUCAGCUGAAGUGCAUGCCAGAGAUCAGCUUGGUCGCAAUGCUUUGCACUUGGCAACUUUAAGACUCACUGAACGUGACGCUACUUCCGAAAAGAUCGAGCUUGUUGAUGAUGCGCACCUCCCUGUAGUGCUGGCUUUGCUGGAGGCGUCAGCAGAUGUGGAAAUGCAAGAUGCUUUGGGCAAGUCUCCUUUGGACUACGCUGGCAGCGUGAGAGGGCAAGUCCUGGAAGCUUUGGAAGCGAGGAAAACUGGAAUCUGUCGGCUCUAG